AUGUACGAGGCUCACCGCUCGGAGACAGAAUGGAAGGAGAGGAUUGAUCAGCUCAACCAAGCUGCCGCCUGGAUGGCGAAUGCCAAGGAUCUCGUCGCGCUAAACCUCGCUCAUCGAUACGACGAGCUAUCCGUCGAGAGGGAGAGACAAGCUGUCGAGAUCACUGAGCUCAGAGAGCAGCUCGUUGAGUAUCAAACUUCAGACACCAUCGUGGCUGACUUUGCCGAGAUGAAACAGAGGAACGAGGCGCUAUGGGGGAAGUUAGCAGUAUCAGAGAGGUUGGUGAGCCAGCAGGAAGAGGUUGAGAAGGACCUGCAUGCUGCUGAGACGCAGCAGCUGCACCAGCAGAUUGAAGAGCUGAGCCGUCGACUCAAGGAGAAAUCGAGGUUGAACGGCACGCCCAAGAAGACGAAAGUCUUAGCCGUGGAAGACAAGGAGAAUGUUUUCAGCAACAUGAAUGUUGCAACAUGA